AUGGAUGCUGGGCACAUCAUUUUGGGAAGACCUUGGCAAUCUGAUAGGCGAGUGAUGCAUGAUGGUUUCACAAACAAGUAUACCUUCCUGCACAAGGGGCGCAAGACCACUCUUAUUCCUUUAACCCCUCAAGAGGUGUAUGAAGAUCAAGUCCAGCUGUGCAGCCAAAGGACCAAACCUCAAGCCAAAAAGGAGCCAUCCAAUCCGAACAAGUCCUUGAACUAUCUGGUCAAGUCCACACAGGAUUUCCAGGAUGUGUUUCCAGAUGAUUGUCCCAAGGGAUUGCCACCAGUCAGAGGCAUUGAGCAUCAAAUAGAUUUUGUUCCUAGAUCCACACUUCCAAACCGGCCGGCAUACAGAACCAAUCCUGUUGAAACCAAGGAACUCCAGCGCCAAAUUGAUGAGCUUAUGGACAAGGGUCACAUCCGGGAAAGCAUGAGCCCUUGUGCUGUUCCUGUUCUUCUUGUGCCCAAGAAAGAUGGGAGUUGGCGCAUGUGUGUGGAUUGCAGAGCCAUCAACAAUAUCACUGUAAAGUAUGGACAUCCUAUCCCUAGACUUGAUGAUAUGCUUGAUGAGUUGCAUGGUUCUAGCAUUUUCUCUAAGAUUGAUUUAAAAAGUGGUUAUCAUCAGAUUAGGAUGAAAGAAGAUGGAGUCAAGGUGGAUGAAGAGAAAGUUGCUGCCAUUAGAGAAUGGCCGAGCCCUAAGACAGUGAGUGAAGUCAGAAGUUUCCAUGGCCUAGCUGGGUUCUAUAGGCGGUUUGUCUGUGAUUUUAGUACCUUGGCCGCACCUCUGACUGAAGUCAUCAAGAAAGAAGUUGGAUUCAAUGUAUCUUCUGGAUUACCUCCAUCAUAG